AUGCCAACAAUGAAGAGUGAUGAGCUUAUUGAUACUGAAUCUUUAAGUAUCAGAGAAGAUGGAAAGGUAUUGAAACGUAAGCUUAAUGAUAGGAUGACUACUAUGCUAGCUUUGACAAGUAUAAUAGGACCUGGAUGUUUAAUAGGUACAGCUAAUGCAUUGAAAAAUGGACCUGGUAGUUUAUUGUUAUCAUUUGGAUUAAUUGGGAUAAUUGCUUUGAUAAUGAUGCAAUCACUAGGUGAAGUAACUGUCAUGUACCCAGGACAAGGGUCAUUUUCAUCUAUUUCCAUAAAAUUUGUUGACAAGAGUUGGGGGUUAACCAUUGGAUGGUACUACGCUAUUAUCUGGAUUGCAGUAUUGGCCAACGAAUAUAAUGUUAUUUCUAACAUUAUGGUAUUUUGGGGACCUCAAGUUCCUAUCUAUGGCUACGUGCUUAUAUUCUGGUCAGCAUCAUUGGCAUUCCAAUUCUUGGGAGUUGGAUGGUUUGGUGAAGUUGAAUUCUGGAUUGGGUUGGUUAAAAUAAGUGGUCUUGUUGCAUUUUACAUUUUCAGUAUCGUUUAUGUUGCUGGAGGUAUCAAUAAACCAGCAUUUGGAUUUCAUUAUUGGAACGACCCUGGAGCGUUCAACGAUGGUUUCAAAGGUGUGGCCAGUACUUUCGUAUUUGCCUCUACUUUUUUUGCUGGUGUUGAAGCCAUCGCCACUAUGGCAAGUGAAGUCAAAAAUCCUGGUAAAGCUUUACCGAGGGCCAUCUACCAAACCAUUUUCCGUAUUUUCUUCAUUUAUAUUGGUUUGGCAAUUUCUUAUGGUAUGACAGUACCUUAUGAUGAUCCAAAGUUGAAUAAUGGUACUAAAACUUUACAAUCACCAAUGACUAUUGCAAUUGCUAACGCUGGAUGGGCAGGAGGUGCUAAUUUGAUUAACGCUUUCAUUUUAAUUACUUGUUUAUCAGCGUUAAAUGGAUCAAUUUAUAUUGGAAGUAGAACUUUAGUUAAUUUAGCCAGAGAAGGAGGAUUAUUCAAGUUUUUUGGUUAUAUUAAUAGUAGAGGUGUACCGGUGUAUUCUGUGAUUCUUAUGAAUUGUUUUGGGUUAUUGUCAUUAAUGAACAUUAGUACGGGAGCUUCAGAAGCUUAUAAUUAUAUUGUUAAUCUUUCAGGUAUAUCAGUAUUCAUAGUUUGGGCUUCAGUGUCAUUUGUUCAUUUGAGAUUCAGAAGAAGUUGGGUUCUUCAAGGCCGUAGUCUUGAAGAUAUACCGUUUAAAGGUUUAUUUUACCCUUAUUUCCCAAUACUUAGUAUUAUUUUGAAUUUAUUCCUAGCUUUGAUUCAAGGAUGGUCUUAUUUCAAACCAUUUCAAGCUGGUAAUUGGGUUGAUGCUUAUAUAUUGAUCCCAUUCUUUUUUGUGCUCUUCUUCUUUUUCAAGAUCGUUCAUAAAACCAAAUGGGUGAAUUUAAGAGAAGUAGACUUAGAUGAAGGUAGAAGAAAAGAUAUUGAUUAUGAUUCUGAAGAAUUAGAGCCGGAGAAAACUAGUAGAAAAUUUUAUUUCUUCAAGAGAAAUGAUUAA